AGCAGCUCUGUGGAAGAAGCUCACACAUGAUAGGCGGAGACAGCCUACAAAUUUCAGUGAUAGGUCCUUAGUCCGGCCCUGUCACCCCCCAACACAAAAAGGAAUAACAACGCUGUAUAACGGAUUGUAUUUUUCGCCUGAUUGAGAGCACUUAACCAGUUAUCCUGGACGUCUCAUCCUCCCUCUCGGACAUGUCGUAUGUCUUCAUCAACGACUCGACACAAACCAACGCACCGCUUCUGCAGGCGUGCAUUGAUGGAGACCUGGGCUAUGCCAAGUGUCUGUUAGAGUCUGGGUCCGACCCCAAUAUGCGAGACAGCCGGGGCCGCACCGGUAUGCACCUGGCUGCGGCCCGUGGGAACGUGGAUACAUGCCGCCUGCUCCACAAAUUUGGCGCGGAUUUGCUGGCCACGGACUACCAGGGUAACACCGCGCUGCACCUGUGUGGCCACGUCGACACCAUCCAGUUCCUUGUAUCAAACGGCCUCAAGAUCGACAUCUGUAACCACAAUGGAACGACACCCCUGGUGCUAGCGAAGCGGCGAGGUGUGAACAAGGACGCGAUUCGCCUGCUGGAGGGCCUGGAGGAGCAGGAGGUGAAGGGCUUCAACCGCAGCAGCAUGCACUCCAAGCUGGAGGCUCUGCACAUGGCUGAGAGUGAGAGUGCUAUGGAGAGCCACUCUCUCCUCAACUCCAACCUGCAGAACAGUGAGGGUGUGCUGUCCAGCUUCAGGACCACUUGGCAGGAGUUUGUGGAGGACCUGGGCUUCUGGAGGGUUCUGCUGCUCCUGGUGGUCAUUGCCUUGCUGUCGCUGGGCAUUGCCUAUUAUGUUAGUGGUGUUCUUCCCUUCACGGCCAAUCAGCUGGAGCUUGUGCACUGAGGCUCCGGAAGCACUUUAGCAACCAGGCGGUGGGGGCUGGACUGUGGAGUUGUCUGCUCUUCAUUUUACGGGAGUUUUUAAAAAAUGUUUUUUAAAAACAGUUUAGGAGUAGAUGAUUGGUCAUGAGUUCUCGUUGAUCUUUCAGCACACGAUUGCAUGUCAACGGGCAGAUCAGACAAGCUGUAACCGAAUUGGCUUUUUACCUAAAUGUUAGGCCUCCAUGUUUCUUUUUUUGGUGUCCAUAAAGGCUCUACCUGUUUUGGAGCAAAUACACUAAAAUUAAGCUUUCAGUGUUUGCAACAAUCAUGCAUUCCUAACUGCAGUUGAAAUUUCAUAGAUCUUAAUGCAUUACAUUAUGUGUGUAAUGUAUUUAUCAUAUCAUUCAGCAUGCAUAAUACAUGAGAUUUUAAGCAGGAUGAGGCUUGUUUUUCUUCCUUUCUAUUCUGGUUGUUGGAAGAAAAUGCCAGCUUGUUUAUGUAUUUCUGGAACUUAUUAGCUGUAAUGUAUCAAAACUCAUUUAUGCAAUUAACCAGGCUUAGUUUUGAAAGUUUUCUUUCAACUGUAAAACAUGAAUGAACAGGCAAAUGUGCUCAUAUUCUAUUGUGACAUUAAAAUACUGCUUCCUAAGGCUACCAUUUAACUACAUUCCUAACUUUCCCCACACGGACUGCUGUGGAAAUCAGGACUGGAGUAGAGGACGGAGCUUUUUCUACUCUAGUCUACAUCAGUACUGAUUUUCUCCAUUCGGUCCAGCUAUGUUUGAACUUAUAUUUGUAAUUUUAUUUACAAAGCUGUUGUCAUCAUAUCUAUGAUAUUUAAAAUUAACUAGAGCUUCUGUAAAUGGUUUUCUUGAUGUAUAGGUAUUGGAUCUGCAUUAGACUCACCUGAAAUACUGUACUGUGUUCACAAAGUAGGAGCAAGUAUGUACGAAUUGAGUGUUCUAUUCUGUAUUAACAGCGAGCAAUUAUAUUAUUUCUUGUCUUAUUUUUUAAUAGUGCGUUUAUGCUGGUUUGUUGGAUUUUGCUUCCUUUUGCUCAUGGUGUAAUAUAUUAUGUUUAUACACUAUUGCUUGGUGUAUGUUGCCUGUUUUUAUAUGUUGUUUACCAUUUUCUUGGUUUUGCUUUGCAUUGUAAUUAGGCUGUUCUUGUCAGGCUUCGAUAGAAAUUUUAAUAAUGUGCUUUAAUAAAUAUUGAAUAAAAUCAGUUAAAAAAAA